GCCCUAAAACUUGUAAACAAUAAAAAUGGCCGUCGAAUGAAUUACAAAUAAGAAAUGGAUUUUGUAUCGACUUUCGUGUUUAUUAGUGCCCUGUGUAUAUCAGUUUCCAAAGGCGCACUGCAAGCAGUAUAUUUACCGUCAACAUGCUCCUCGCCUUUGGCUUCAUCUUUCACAACAAGCAUGCGCGUCCAGUCCAGCACUGCUCUGACGUACAGUAACGACGUCAACUGCGUCAUCACCGUUACAGCGCCCUCUGGUCACAAAGUUCUGGCCAUUCCUAGGAGAUUUGAACUCGAAGAGCAACGAACUGGAACAUGUGUAGACUAUCUUAAUUUUUACGACGGCACUUCUACUAGUUCUACAAAGAUAAAUGCGCAGCCUUAUUGUGACAGGUCUGGACCGCAUAAUGUCAGCUCUUCCUCGACGUCAAUGACCUUGGAAUUCGUCACCGACAGUAGUGCCCGAUACCGGGGAUUCGAUAUCAUAUUUGCAGCCAUCAAAAAUGCGCCAUGUGCCACGGAUUAUUUUGGUUGUAGUAAUGGACUUUGUGUGGACAGAACGCUGCGUUGUGACAGCUUUAAUCAAUGUGGGGACGAAUCAGACGAAAAUGCAUGCACAGCGGAGGAACUUGGUAUCGUGGACGAUAACUCGGCUCUGAUUUAUGGACCGGCAUUUGGACUGGGAUUUUUUGUCAUACUUUGUAUCCUCAUUGGAGUUUUAGUUUACAGACACUAUAAAUGGAAACGUUUUCUCAGAGAGCCUGUACCUCAAGAGCAUUAUCAAAGCUCUUCAAGUAACUAUCCAGUCACCAAGAAAUAUUACAAGCGAGCCUACCAGAAUUAUGCAUACAAAAGCGUAGAUUCGCGACUCCCGUCACGCAUGUCCAAUGACUUUGAAACUGAUGACGACCUUGACGCAGGAUCAAGGCCUGUUUCGUCAUCUUCAUCAUCCAAACAGCAAAACCUCACAGUUCCUCGACCAAACCCCGGAAAACUGAACUUGAAAUCAAAAACGGGUGCUAGCAAUUGUUAGCUAAGACAACUAUGAAAUUAUCUUCUUUUUUUUUUGCAUUGAACAGAGCCUUUUCAAUUUAUCUUGCAACACCUUUUAUUUUUGUAUGAAUUUCUGAUACAUAUUGAAAUAUUUUUCUUUGUGUAAAAUUUAAGACGAAUUAGCAUUUUAGUCACAUUUUAAAAUAGUGCAAUAUAACUCGAGUUAUCGAACGUUGACUAUCACUUCAUUAUCCUAAUAAUUUUGCGAACUGUGUUCCUAUUUUUCUCGCCUUCCAUUUCACCCUUUCUUUCUCUCUCUUUUCCCUUCCCAUUUUCUUUUUCUUUUUUAUUUUUGCUUUCUAUUAACGACUGACAUUGCAAGAAGGUAUUUUAAGAAUAAAACUAUGUUUUUUCAACUUUUUUGUAAACUACUAAUCAUUUUCG